AAGAGUUUUCAUCAAGUGGGAAGCAACCAAAAACCAAAAGGAGAGAGAGAGAGAGAAGCGUUUCCAGAGAGAGAAUUCUGGUUCUGAGCCCUCUCCCUACUCUCUAACACAGACCCUUCUUCUCUCUCUUUCUCUUUCUGCGAUCUGAUCGCUGAAAUUUUUGGAAACCCUUCACAUUUAGGACUCCAUUUCUUUGUUUCUUCAUUUCCGCUAUUAACUGGGGGAACUUUUUUUGAUCGAUUCUGUACAUUUUCCCCCCCUUUUUUCGCUCGUCGAUUAACCUUGUCGACUUACGUGCCGGGAAAACCCUAACUCGCUGUUCUUUUCUUUUUCUUUUUUACCCUUUUUUUCUUCUUCUUCUGUUCUUAUGGCUGCUGCUAAUCUUUCUGAUAGCAAUCCUCCAACGGCCGGAAGCGCCCACCAUUCUCGUAACUCCGGGCAAAGUGUGGGCAGCCCCAAAUCACGUCGCUCCACACGCUCAGUGUCCUCACCCUGGACCCAGAUUGUCCGUGGUGAGUUGGAAAUCAAUGCGGUCGUUCCCUCCUCACCGUCGAAUUUGACAUCGCCGACCGCUGUUGUGGAACCGGUCCCUUCGUCGUCUUCUUCAUCAUCAUCAUCCUCCCCUUCAGUUGCGGAAGAACCGGUCGGAGAGAGAUCAGAGAGUGGGAGUGGAUCGCAAGCCAAUGUAGGAAAUAAGCCCGCGUGGAACAAGCUGUCUAAUGGGGCUGCUGCCGAGGUCGGGCCAGUCAUGGGGGCUGUAUCCUGGCCCGCCCUAUCCGAGUCUACUCGGUUCGCAACCAAAUCGUCUUUGGAAUCGCCGAAAGCUGUAGCUGAUGGAUCUGCUGGCUCUGCAUGCCAGGGGAUAGGAAAUUCACCAUCCUCACCACAGAAAGAAGUUAGUAGUGCAACUCCAAUUUCAACCCCAACUGCAACUCAUCGCCAGAAGUCAAUGAAGCACAGUGGUGCUAGCAAUUCACAUAAUGGUGGUCCCUUGCAGCAGUCGGCAAUUUCAGGUUCUGUAAUUGAGACACCUCCGAGUACUCCUUCGUCUAAGGACCAGAUUCAGAGGACCGCUUUUGCCUCACAGCCACAUAAUGAUCAUAAUAAUUAUCAACAUCAACGCAAUUCAUUCAGGAGUCGUGGCUCUGGUUAUCCACGAGGUGAUGGUUCUCACCAUCACAAUCAUGGUACUAGGCGUGAUCAUGAUCGUGGAAACCAUGAUUGGAAUUCUCAUCGAAAUUAUGGUCAGUCUCAAAGAGUUGUUCAAAGAUAUAUAAGGCCUCCACCACCCCCUAGUACUGCUACAUUUAUUCCUCCACCAAUGAGGCCUCUUGGUGGUCCCAUACAUUUUCCUGAAUUUGUGCCUUCAAUGGUAUAUGUUGCAGCUCCUCCUCCUCCAGAAGCUCUCAGAGGUGUACCUUUUGUAGCUCAAAUACCACCUAAUGCAGUGUUUUUUCCUGCCCUAGACCCUCAGUUAUGUGCUGCAAUAGUCAAGCAGAUAGAUUACUACUUCAGUGAUGAAAACUUAAUUAAAGAUACUUUCUUGAGGGGGAAGAUGGAUGAACAAGGAUGGGUUCCAAUUAGUUUAAUAGCAACCUUCAAGAGGGUUCUAGAUUUGACUGACAACGUCCCGCUGAUUUUGGAUGCUUUGCGGACAUCCACUCUUUUGGAAGUACAGGGGGACAGAGUAAGGAGGCGAAAUGAUUAUAGUAGAUGGAUAUUGCAAUCUUCAUCUCAAACUCCUGAUGUUGCUGCCCCAGUAAGCCCAGCAAACUCCAAUCCGGAUAUGCUGGCGGCUGGUGUUCAGAGUCUCACGUUGGAGACUAUUAAUCGCAGCAUUUCAGGAAGUCGAGGUGAUUUUCAUGUCGAGGCUCUGCAAAGUAGAUCACCUCGGAAUUCCAAUAGCCAGUCACAGCAACCAGGCACUGGUCAAGUAAGCAUCGAGACAGGUUUGGACCACUCCUUUUCUGCAAGGAGUUAGACCUUGUACAUGCUGAAGCCCAUGUCUUUUAUGAGUGGAAAAAAAUUAGAUGUGGGUAGUACAGAAGACUAAGGAGAUAACUUAUAACACUGGAGGAGGAUGUUCCGAGUUUUGUUGCCUGUGGCGGCCUUCUUGAUGCACGAUGAAUAUUUUUUCUCUCGUGUGGCCAAGUAAAGAAGGCAGAAUGUGAUGAAUAAGGAGGCAAAAAAUGAAGGUGAAAAAGAGAAACAAACAAAUCUAGAAAGUUUUUUUAAAAAAUACCCAACAUUUUCUUUUAACGGCGACUGAAAGGGGAUUCAUCAUUUUAUGGUUUCAUAGGAUGUUGCCUUUGCUAGUUAAAAUUUUCCUUUUUGUUCUCCUUGGUGAUGGCAUGUAUUUAACCAUGGGGAAUCUUUGCUUCCCCAUGAUGCUGCUCCUCAGCUGGUUUUUCCUUUUGGUAUCUUCGAGCUCGGGGCAGAUAACCUCGAGCUGUAGGAAGAAGACAAAACGGUUCUGAUAAAAAGGCGAAAAUGGUGGCUGAUCUUCUUCAUGGUUAAUAUAGAGAGACUGGCUUUCUUUGGAUGCUAAUGGCGGCCGAGCUUCAACCGCAGCUACUCCAUCUUGAAGACUCUUUCUUUUGCUUUCCUUUUCCUUAUCCCCCCUUUUCUUUUCAUGAAGACUUGUCGCUUGCUCUUAAAAUGUCAAAUGGAAUAACUUUGCAUACGGUACUUGCAACUUUUUUUUUUUUUUUUGGAUAUUUGACUGAAUAAAAUGCCCCUGUGGGUGCAGGUUGGCGGUUGGCGCAUCUUGUUAUUAACUUUA